GAACUGGGGCAAAGGGUAGGUGAUGAAGCAUUUAGCGAAGCCGGGAAGUUCCCCGCCAACUCAAUCUUCGAUUCGAAGCGGUUAAUUGGUAGGAGAUUUAGUGACGCAUCUGUUCAAAAUGAUAUCAAGUGCUGGCCAUUCAAGGUCAUUGAAGGUCCGGCUGACAAGCCCAUGAUUGUGGUUAACCACAAGGGUGAAGAGAAACAAUUUGCUGCUGAAGACAUCUCAUCCAUGGUUUUGGCAAAGAUGCGGGAGAUUGCCAACUCCUACCUUUGCUCAAGGAUUCCAGUAAAAGAUGCAGUUAUCACUGUCCCCUCUUACUUCAACGACUCUCAGCGCCAGGCAACAAUACAAGCUGGUAAAUUAGCCGGCUUAAAUGUGCUGCGUAUUAUCAACGAACCAACUGCUGCAGCCAUCGCUUAUGGCAUCGACAAGAAGGCCAGUUGGUUUCGUAAGAGAAAUGUGAUGAUAUUUGAUUGGGGCGGCGGUACUUUGGAUGUGUCACUACUUACCAUAGGCCAUAAUGUCUUUGACGUGAAGGCCACUGCCGGAGACACUCACCUUGGCGGUGAAGACUUGGAUAACAGAAUGGUGAAUUACUGCAUCCAAGAAUUCGAGAGAAAACAUAAGGUGGGCAUUGGUGGAAACGUCAAAGCUCUUCGGAAGGCCAAAAUUGAGUGUGAGAAAGCAAAGAAGGUACUUUCAUUUUCGUUUGAGGCUGUUAUUGAAAUUGACUCUUGGUUUAAGGGUGAAGAUUUUCAUACAACUUUCACCCGCGACAUGUUUGAAAAACUGAACAUGGAUAUCUUCAAUAAGUGCAUGGAGCCUGUGAAAAAGUGUUUGGAGGAUGCCAAAAUCGACAUCAGCGACGUCGAUGAUGUUGUUCUUGUUGGUGGGUCUUCUAGAAUCCCCAAGGUGCAAGAGCUACUGCAGGAGGUUUUCAACGGUAAGGAAUUGUGCAAGAGCAUUAAUCCCGAUGAGGCUGUCGCUUAUGGAGCCGCUGUUCAAGCUGCAGUCUUGAGUGGGAACGUGACGGGGAAGCUUCAACACUUCACACUCUCAGAUGUGAUCCCUAUGUCACUUGGGACGGAAGUUCGUAAAGAAAACCUCAUGAAUGUUAUGAUCCCCAGAAAUACCAAAAUUCCCACCAAGAAGCACAGAACUUUCGUUACCCGCUAUGACAACCAAACGUCCGUCCGUUGUGGAGUUUUCGAGGGAGAGAAUAAGUUCACCAGAGAUAAUAAUUAUUUGGGUGGAUUUACCAUAGAUGGCAUUCCCCGAGCUCCAAAGGGAGUUGGUGAAGUAGAUGUUUGCUUUUCUAUCGAUGCAAAUGGAAUUCUGAAAGUUUCCGCUGAGGUCAUGUCCACCGGCAAAAAGAAAGCAAUUACAAUCAACAGGUCAUAGAUGAACUCUGGGAAUUAACAGGAUAAGUGAUCGGAAGCCUUCAUUUUGCUGGGAACUACUCCUUUUGGUGCAGGCUGUUCCGAUGUAGGUGCGUUGUUCCAUCAUGGGAUUCUUGUUUUUUUUCUUCUUCUUUUGCUAGAAAAGAGUUGCGUGGAUUUAAUUGUUGUUUUCAAUAAGAUCAUGCUUGUUUGAUUAU